UAUCGCUCUUUCAGUACGGCAAGAUGGCUGAUCAGACAGAGCGUGCGUUCCAGAAGCAACCCACGAUCUUUCUUAAUCGUAAGAAAGGUCUGGGCCCCAAAAGGAGGAAGCCUAUGCGAUAUAGCCGUAAUGUAGGUCUGGGUUUCAAAACGCCUCGUGAGGCUCUGGAGGGAACUUACAUUGACAAGAAAUGCCCGUUCACUGGUAACAUUUCCAUCAGAGGACGCAUUCUUACGGGAGUAGUACAAAAGAUGAAAAUGCAAAGGACAAUUGUAAUUCGCAGGGAUUAUCUUCACUAUAUCAGAAAGUACAACCGUUUUGAAAAACGCCAUCGUAACAUGAGUGUCCACCUUAGUCCAUGCUUCAGAGAUGUCGAAAUUGGUGAUGUAGUAACAAUUGGAGAAUGCAGACCACUCAGCAAAACAGUCAGGUUUAAUGUUCUGAAAGUUUCCAAAGGAACAGGAUCAAAGAAAAGUUUCCAGAAAUUCUAAGCUCAUAAAAAUGAUAGUCUAAGGAAAAAUUGGCGCUAUUGCAAACAAGAAAGAAGAAACAUAAAUUACCAUCUUGAUUUGUAUCUUACGACGUUA